AUGGAGCCGCGCCCCGCGGCGGGGGCGACGGAGCCCGGGCGGGCGCGGGGAUCGAUCGGGCGCAGCUGUCGCCGACACGCCCGCGGGAGCAUCCACCCCGCGGGUCAGCGCGACCGGGCGCCCCCCGACCGCGGGCAGGAAACCCGGCACGUCCGGUCCGCCAGGGGCGAAACCCCAACGUCGCGGCGCCCCAGGUUCGGCGCUCGGAGUGUCCGCGCGCGCCCAGUGUCCGAGAGUGAAAGCUUCGGGCGCCGCGCGCGCAGCCCCGCCGGGGGCCCCUCGCUGGGCCGGAAAAGCCUAGCACCGGCCCCCCAAAUUCUAAAUAAAGUCCUCGGACCCCGCCCGAACGAAGGCGCAGGAGUGGGGCGGGAGGGUUCUGCCCGCCAGGAGGUGGCGCAGCGCAUCACCGCGGAGCUGAAACGCUACAGCAUCCCGCAGGCUAUCUUCGCGCAGCGCAUCCUGUGCCGCUCUCAGGGCACGCUCUCCGACCUGCUGCGCAACCCCAAGCCGUGGAGCAAGCUCAAGUCGGGCCGCGAGACCUUCCGCAGGAUGUGGAAGUGGCUACAGGAGCCCGAGUUCCAGCGCAUGUCGGCGCUGCGCCUCGCAGCCUGCAAGCGGAAAGAGCAGGAGCAGCAGAAGGAGCGCGCGCUGCAGCCCAAGAAGCAGCGCCUGGUGUUCACCGACCUGCAGCGGCGCACGCUCAUCGCCAUCUUCAAGGAGAACAAGCGGCCGUCGAAGGAGAUGCAGGUGACCAUCUCGCAGCAGCUCGGCCUGGAGCUCAACACCGUCAGCAACUUCUUCAUGAACGCGCGGCGCCGCUGCAUGAACCGCUGGGCCGAGGAGCCCGGGGCGGCCCCCGGGGGCCCCGCCGGCGCCGCCGCCGCCACCUUCUCCAAGGCCUGA